AUGAUGUGGAUCCCAUUAACCAUUCUUUCGCUAAUAGCCCAAACUAUUGUUGCUGAUUCUUCCAUUAUUCAACUAAACACAGGUAAUACAAUUCAAGAUUUUUUAAACCAAGGGUUAGUCUCAUCAUUUGGAGUACAAGCUUCACAAAAUAAUGUCAUUGAGUUUGGUGAUUUCAAAGCUGUCGUUGGUGAUUUUGAAUCUAGUUUCUUAGAACAACUUCAAAAAAAUCCAAUCAUUCAAGCAAUUUUCCCCAAUGAACAAAUUGGUGCUAUAAACUUCAAUGAUAAGGCUGUACAGGAUAGUGAUAUCAAACCAGGUGAUGGUACCACAACUUUGGAACCAGUUGCAAGUGCUACUGCUGAAGUUGGUGCUCCUUCAGAUUCUGCUCAAGGUGGUUAUAACUCAACAGGUUCAGAUCAUGAUUUUGAAGCACAGGGUUUAUUAGAUGGUAACUUAUAUGUUCAACAAAAUGCACCAAGACAUUUGGUAAGACUUUCACAAAGAGAAGGUAUUUUCAACAAGAGUCUAUUAGGUCAAACACCAACUAAAUACUAUUAUGAUUCCCUUGCAGAAGAUAUAACAGCUUAUGUCCUAGAUACUGGUAUUGCAGUUAAUCACCCAGAUUUUGGUGGUAGAGCAUCUCAUGGUGCAAAUUUUGUAGAUGAUAAAGAUGGUGAUUCUUCAGGUCAUGGUACAAACGUUGCUGGUAUCAUUGGAUCUAAUACAUAUGGUGUUGCCAAAAAUAUUUCAAUUGUGGAUGUUAAAGUACUUGGUUCAAAUGGUGGUACUACUGAAUCCAUUCUCAGGGGAUUUGAAUGGGCUACAAAGCAAUUCAAGAGUAAGAAUGGGAAAGCUGUCUUAAACUAUUCAGUUGGUGGUCCAAAAAGUGAUGCUAUCAACAAUGCUAUAAGUGCUGCUGUUAAGGAAGGUUUAAUUGUCUUUGCAGCUGCAGGUAAUGCAAAUCAAAAUGCAUCAAACUAUACACCAGGAAGUGCAAAAGAUGCUAUAUUGGUUGGUGCUUUGGAUGAUAGAUCUGAUACAAUCGCUAUAUACUCUAAUUGGGGCCCAGCUGUUGAUGUCUUUGCACCAGGUGUUGCUGUUGAGUCUUUGAACUCUGCUGAUUUUUCAACUUCCAUUAAGUAUUACGGUACUUCUCAAGCUACACCUGUUGUUGCAGGUCUUGGUGCUCUUCUAUUACAAAAAGGUACUAAUCCAAGUGGUAUUAAAGAUCAGAUCAUCAAACUUUCAACAAAGAAUGCAAUUUCUCAACAGACUUAUGAUAACAAUUCAAACUAUAAAGACACUGUUAAUAGAGUUGCUUAUAAUGGUGCAUUACCUUCGUUAUUAGACAGUGAUAAGAUUUUGAACCCUUCAACUCAGAAUCAAGAUGAAUCUUUGAAAAAUAUGAUUGAAUAG